AUGCCUAGCCAACCCUUUCCCAAGGUGGAGGCUAUCAACCAAGGAAUGAUCUCAGAAACAGGGGAGCCUUUAAAUACAAAGAGGAUUAGGUUUAGGGUCAAAGGAAAGUCAAGGGGGAAGCAACAUUUUUCGGGUUUGACUUUGACUUCCAGCUCGAUCGAGUUGAAGCUUGGCCGGUCGAGUAGACGGUCGAGCUGGUCUUCAAGAUGGCUUCUCCCUUCUUCCUUUGCGUAUCCAGUUGAGCUGCUUCCAUGUGCCAAGUCCCUCCAUGCUCCUUAUGUCCCAUAUGCUCCAGAAUGCUCCAAAAGACCUAUUUCAAAGGACCAAACAUGCAUAUUACAUCACCGUGAUCCCAGAUUCACUUCAGAGUUUUGGAGGGCGUUUCAGGCAGAGAUGGGCACUAAGGUGCAUCUGAGUACAGCUUAUCAUCCGCAGACAGAUGCUUUCAGGCGAGUAUUGGCAUGGCUCCAUUUCGAGGCUUUGUAUGGGAGGCCAUGUAGGACACCCCUAUGCUGGACCCAAGUGGGGGAGCGCAGCAUGUAUGGAGCUACUUAUGUUCAGGAGACGACAGAGAAGGUUCGUGUUGUGAGGCUGAACAUGAAGGAGGCUCAGGAUAGGCAGAAGAGUUAUGCAGAUAGACGCAGACGAGAGCUUGAGUUUCAGGUUGGAGAUAGAGUUUAUCUCAAGAUGGCUAUGUUGAGGGGUCCUAACAGAUCCAUAGCAGAGAACAAGCUGAGUCCGCGAUUUAUGGGUCCGUUUCCAGUAGUGGAGCGAGUUGGGCCAUUGGCUUACAGGCUGGAGUUGCCUGAGAUUAUGAAAGCCUUUCACAAGGUUUUUCAUGUGUCGAUGCUGAGGAAGUGUCUUCAUCCUACAGAGGAGUUAGUGGCUAGGAUUCCAGAGGAUCUUCAGCCAGAUUUGACCGUGCCGGCAGUGCCUGUGAGGAUUUUAGAGAGGAGGGAAAAGGUUCUGAGGAACAAGAGGAUUCCCUUACUUAGGAUUUUGUGGGAUUGCAGUGGUUCUACAGAGGAGACUUGGGAGCCAGAGGCAAAGAUGAAGUUGAAGUUCAGGAAGUGGUUCGACAAGCAGGUCGAGGAGUGA